AUGGAUCCUUGUCCUUUUCUUCGAAUCACUAUCGCCGACUUAGCAGUCAUGGUUCCGGCUAACCGGAGUUUAACUUCGAGUGUGUUGCUUGAUUGUAACAUUAAGCUUAAGGGUUUUCCAACACAAGUUUCAACCAUCAAUGCGUUUUCUAAACAAGACCUUGUUUUAGAGAACAAAAUCCAUGCCUCUUUCAAUUUGAACAAAACCGACAUUGAAAAAACAAAUGCUAGAAGGGAAACUUCUUGUUUAAAGAUUGAAAUUUGUGCACCGAAGAGUAUGGGCAUUGGUUGUGGAUAUUAUACUGGUGGGAGGAUUUUGGGGAGUGUGUUUGUUGAAUUGGAUUUGAAGGGUUUGGAAAGUAAAGGUAGUAGAGGAGUUGUGAUUAAGAAUGGAUGGGUUUUGGUUGGUGUAGCAAAAGUGCAUCUGAAUGUGAAAGUUGAACCUGACCCAAGAUUUGUUUUUCAGUUUGAUGGCGAACCGGAGUGUAGUCCACAGGUUUUUCAAGUUAAUGGAAAUGUGAAACAACCUGUUUUCACUUGCAAGUUCAGUUUCAAAAAUUCUGGUGAUUGGAAUUCGAUAUCCAGAUCUUCGCUAUCAGAAGGAAGCACAUCAAAAAGCUGCUUUAAUUGUUGGACAGCUGAUAAUGAGACACGGAGAAAAGAGCGAAAGGGAUGGUUAGUGACAAUCCAUGACCUCUCUGGCUCACCAAUUGCUGCAGCAUCCAUGGUGACCCCAUUUGUCCCAUCACAAGGUUCAAAUAAGGUGAGCAGAUCAAACCCUGGAGCCUGGCUCAUCCUCCGUCCAGAUCAGGGUACAUGGAAGCCAUGGGGACGCCUACAAGCAUGGCUAGAGAUUAGUGGUAAGCUUGGUUAUCGCUUUGAAAUCAUCCCUGAUGGUGCCAAUGAUGCUAUAACAUUGGUCAAUUCAACCAUCAGCACCAAGAAUGGUGGGAAAUUCAGCAUAGAUAUCAGCAAUGUUGCUAUCCCAAUGGCUAGUGCACAUAGCAGCUUUGACUACUCCUCAGUCUCUGGGUCUUGGUCAGAUUUCGGGUCAUCUGGAUCUUGGGGACAGAUUUUGUACCGUGGAUUUGUGAUGUCCUCCACGGUGAAGGGUGAUGGAAAAUGUAGUAAGCCGGAGGUGGUUGUAGGGGCGCAGCACGUGAGCUGCUCGGAGGAUGCUGCAGCUUUUGUUGCAUUGGCAGCUGCUAUGGAUCUUAGUAUGGAUGCUUGUCAGUCUUUCUGUCAGACUCUCCGAAAAGAGUUGAGGCAGUCAGAUCAAGUAUGA